AGCAAUGCUCUUUUUUCUCCAACCCCACUAAUUACUCCUUUUCUUCACAACAAUGAAACCAAGUGAUGACGUUUGGAAAGACAUAACUAGUCUUUCAUCUCCGACCACCAAUCACUUCCAAAACUUCUUUCAACCGGCGACUCUCCGACAACCACCACUCUCCACCUCCUCCACCGCCGCACACUUCUUCCCACCACCACCACCAACCACCCCUACAAUGCUAACCCUACUAACCCCUACUCUUGAUGAAGACCCUUGUAAGAGACACAAGCCUAAUCCACCACCACCACCACAACCACCAACACAUAGUUUCAUGCAGCCGGAAACUUCUUCACCGGAAUAUUCUGAAAAGUUCCGACGCUUGAUGAAAAACCGUGAAUCAGCCGCUCGAUCUAGAGCUAGAAAACAGGCUCGCGCUGAUGAGUUGGAGGUUGAAGUAAUGCGAUUAGCGAAGGAAAAUGCGAAGCUCAAAAAGAUGCAAAAAGAGCAGGCAAGUCUUUCCCACGUUGCUAAAGAAUCUAGACUUCACAGGACCAAAAGUGCCCCAUUUUGACAAGGCUGCAAUCAAUACAGUGGUAGCUGUUUUAUUUGGAGAAAUAGUAGGAAAUGACCUUUUUGGGUAUCUUUUAGUAAUGGGGGCCUAAUGUUUGUAGAUAUCUUUUAAGAUUGUUCAGCGAUUAUUUAUGGCAUGUGUUUCCCGUGAUCCA